AUGAACCGAAACAUUUAUGACACUGACUGCGUAACCUGGUCACCGCAAGGACGCAUCUUUCAAAUCGAAUACGCAAAUGAAGCCACCAAACAGGGCACGUGCUGCGUCGCCAUCAAAAGCAAUAGUCACGCCGUAUUGGUAGCAUUGCGCCGAAGCAUUUCGAAGCUGGCUUCGCACAACUCGAAAAUCUUCAAAGUCGACGACCAUGUCGGCGCCACCUUCUCCGGCAUCACAGCGGAUGCGAAUCUCAUCGUGGAUCAGAUGCGGCUCGACUGUAUGAACCACAAAUAUGUAUAUGAGAGCAAUGCGCCGGUGGGUAGGUUGCUCGAAAAAAUCGGUACCACGUCUCAGAAGAACACGAUGUCGUACGGGAAGAGGCCGUACGGUGUGUCAUUAUUGAUAGCAGGUGUGGACAAGAAGGGCGUGCACGUCUUCGAGACGCACCCAACGGGUGACUACGACGAGUACGUAGCGCACGCGUUCGGAGCGCGUUGUCAGAGCGCACGUACGUACCUGGAGCAGCACGCGAGCGAGUUCCCGGAGGCGGCCGAAACGGAGUUGGUGGCACAUGCCCUUCGGGCACUGGCCUCCACCGUGACGAGCGAUACUGGAGACCUGACCAAGGACAGCGUUCACGUCGCACUCGUCGGUCUGGAUAAGGAAUUCGAAAGUAACAAUAACACCCCACGACCGCCCUUAACACCGCCCCUGAGGGGUCACUGA